CUGUAGUUGAAAGGCUAAGUGAACAAACACAGAGUUUUUUUUAUUCCCAACCAACCACGGAACAGUCAUUUCCUUGCAGAAUAAUUGGCUUAGGGAGAAAGAGACACAGAAAACAAAACAAGUUCAUCAUGUACAGCUUGGUCUGGCUACACCCCUUUUCCAGAAACCAGGCUGUGUAAGAGCUGCUGGAGUAGGCACCCAUUUAAAGAAAAAAUGAAGAAGCAGCAAUAAAGAAGUUGUAAUCGUUACCUAGACAAACAGAGAACUGGGUUUGACAGUGUUUCUCGAGUGCUUUUUAUUAUUUUCCUGACAGUUGUAUUCCGCCAUGAUUACUUUCUCCUUCAGUGAAUAGCCUAAAUGAAUAUGAAACAGAAAAGUGUGUAUCAGCAAACUAAAGCACUUCUGUGCAAGAAUUUUCUUAAGAAAUGGAGGAUGAAAAGAGAGAGCUUAUUGGAGUGGGGACUCUCAAUACUUCUAGGACUGUGUAUUGCUCUGUUUUCCAGUUCCAUGAGAAAUGUCCAGUUUCCUGGAAUGGCUCCUCAGAAUCUGGGAAGGGUAGAUAAAUUUAAUAGCUCUUCUUUAAAGGUUGUGUAUACACCAAUAUCUAAUUUAACCCAGCAGAUAAUGAAUAAAACAGCACUUGCUCCUCUUUUGAAAGGAACAAGUGUCAUUGGGGCACCAAAUAAAACAUACAUGAAUGAAAUACUUCUGGAAAACUUUCCAUAUGCUAUGGGAAUCAUCUUUAAUGAAACUUUCUCUUAUAAGUUAACAUUUUUCCAGGGAUAUAACAUUCCACUUUGGAAAGAAGAAGAUUUCUCAGCUCAUUGCUGGGAUGGAUAUGGUGAGUUUCCAUGUAAAUUGACCAAAUACUGGAAUAGAGGAUUUGUGGCUUUACAAACAGCUAUUAAUACUGCCAUUAUAGAAAUCACAACCAAUCACCCUGUGAUGGAGGAGUUGAUGUCAGUUACUGCUAUAACUAUGAAGACGUUACCUUUCAUAAGUAAAAAUCUUCUUCACAAUGAGAUAUUUAUUUUCUUCUUCUUGCUUCAUUUCUCCCCACUUGUAUAUUUUAUAUCGCUCAAUGUAACAAAAGAGAGAAAAAAGUCUAAGAAUUUGAUGAAAGUGAUGGGUCUCCAAGAUUCAGCAUUCUGGCUCUCCUGGGGUUUAAUCUAUGCUGGCUUCAUCUUUAUUAUUUCCAUAUUCAUUACAAUUGUCAUAACAUUCACCGAAAUUAUAGUCAUGACUGGCUUCAUGGUCAUAUUUAUACUCUUUUUCUUAUAUGGCUUAUCUUUGGUAGCUUUGGUGUUCCUGAUGAGUGUGUUGUUAAAGAAAGCUGUCCUCACCAAUUUGGUUGUGUUUCUCCUUACCCUCUUUUGGGGAUGUCUGGGGUUCACUGUAUUUUAUGAACAACUUCCUUCAUCUCUGGGGUGGAUUUUGAGUAUUUGUAGCCCUUUUGCCUUUACUGCUGGAAUGACUCAGAUUAUCAAACUGGAUUAUAACUUGAAUGGUGUAAUUUUUCCUGACCCUUCAGGAGACUCAUAUACAAUGAUAGCAACUUUUUCCAUAUUGCUUUUGGAUGGUUUCAUCUACUUGCUAUUGGCAUUAUACUUUGACAAAAUUUUACCCUAUGGAGAUGAGCGCCGUUAUUCUCCAUUAUUUUUCUUGAAUUCAUCAUCUUGUUUCCAACACCAAGGGACUGAUAAUAAGGUUAUUGAGAAAGAAAUUGAUGCUGAGCAUCCCUCUGAUGAUUAUUUUGAACCAGUAGCUCCUGAAUUCCAAGGAAAAGAAGCCAUCAGAAUCAGAAAUGUUAAGAAGGAAUAUAAAGGAAAGUCUGGAAAAGUGGAAGCAUUGAAAGGCUUGCUGUUUGACAUAUAUGAAGGUCAAAUCACGGCAAUUCUGGGUCACAGUGGAGCUGGCAAAUCUUCACUGCUAAAUAUUCUUAAUGGAUUGUCUGUUCCAACAGAAGGAUCAGUUACCAUCUAUAAUAAAAAUCUCUCUGAAAUGCAAGACUUGGAGGAAAUCAGAAAGAUAACUGGUGUCUGUCCUCAAUUCAAUGUUCAAUUUGACAUACUCACCGUGAAGGAAAACCUCAGCCUGUUUGCUAAAAUAAAAGGGAUUCAUCCACAGGAAGUGGAACAAGAGGUACAACGAAUAUUACUGGAAUUGGACAUGCAAAACAUUCAAGAUAACCUUGCCAAACAUUUAAGUGAAGGACAGAAAAGAAAGCUGACUUUUGGGAUUGCCAUUUUAGGAGAUCCUCAAAUUUUGCUCUUAGAUGAACCAACUACUGGAUUGGAUCCUUUUUCCAGAGAUCAAGUGUGGAGCCUCCUGAGAGAGCAUAGAGCAGAUCAUGUGAUCCUUUUCAGUACCCAGUCCAUGGAUGAGGCUGACAUCCUGGCUGAUAGAAAAGUGAUCAUGUCCAAUGGGAGACUGAAGUGUGCAGGUUCUUCUAUCUUUUUGAAAAGAAGGUGGGGUCUUGGAUAUCACCUAAGUUUACAUAGGAAUGAAAUAUGUAAUCCAGAACAAAUAACAUCCUUCAUUACUCAUCACAUCCCCGACGCUAAAUUAAAAACAAAAAACAAAGAAAAGCUUGUAUAUACUUUGCCAUUGGAAAGGACAAACAUAUUUCCAGAUCUUUUCAGUAAUCUGGAUAAGUGUUCUGACCAGGGAGUGACAGGUUAUGACAUUUCCAUGUCAACUCUAAAUGAAAUCUUUAUGAAACUGGAAGGACAGUCAACUACCAAACAAGAUUUCAAACAAGUGGAGAUGAUAAGAGACUCUGAAAGCCUCAAUGAAAUGGAGCUGGCUCACUCUUCCUUCUCUGAAAUGCAGACAGCUGUGAGUGACAUGCACCUCUGGAGAAUGCAAGUCUUUGCCAUGGCGCGGCUCCGUUUCUUAAAGUUAAAACGUCAAACGAAAGUGUUAUUGACCCUAUUAUUGGUAUUUGGAAUCGCAAUGUUCCCUUUGAUUGUCGAAAAUAUAAUGUAUGCUAUGUUAAAUGAAAAGAUCGAUUGGGAAUUUAAAACCGAAUUGUAUUUUCUGUCUCCUGGACAACUUCCCCAGGAACCCCGUACCAGCCUGUUGAUCAUCAAUAACACAGAAUCAAAUAUUGAAGAUUUUAUAAAAUCACUGAAGCAUCAAAAUAUACUUUUGGAAGUAGAUGACUUUGAAAACAGAAAUGGUACUGAUGGCCUCUCAUACAAUGGAGCGAUCAUAGUUUCCGGUAAACAAAAGGAUUAUAGAUUUUCAGUUGUGUGUAAUACCAAGAGAUUGCACUGUUUUCCGAUUCUUAUGAAUAUUAUCAGCAAUGGGCUACUUCGAAUGCUUAAUCACACACAACAUAUUCGAAUUGAGUCAAGUCCAUUUCCUCUUAGCCACAUAGGACUCUGGACUGGGCUGCCGGAUGGUUCCUUUUUCUUAUUUUUGGUUCUAUGUAGCAUUUCUCCUUACAUCACCAUGGGCAGCAUCAGUGAUUACAAGAAAAAUGCUAAGUCCCAGCUAUGGAUUUCGGGCCUCUACACUUCUGCUUACUGGUGUGGGCAGGCACUAGUGGACGUCAGCUUCUUCAUUUUAAUUCUCCUUGCAAUGUAUUUAAUUUUCUACAUAGAAAACAUGCAGUACCUUCUUAUUACAAGCCAAAUUGUGUUUGCUUUGGUUAUAGUUACUCCCGGUUAUGCAGCUUCUCUUGUCUUCUUGAUAUACAUGAUAUCAUUUAUUUUUCGCAAAAGGAGAAAAAACAGUGCCCUUUGGUCAUUUUACUUCUUUUUUGCCUCCAUCAUCAUGUUUGUUACCGCUUUAAUCAGUAAUUUUGACCUAAGUAUAUUGAUUACCACCAUGGUAUUGGUUCCUUCAUAUACCUUGCUUGGAUUUAAAACUUUUUUGGAAAUGAGAGACCAGCAGCACUACAGAGAAUCUCCAGAGGCAAAUUUCAAAUUGAGUGCCACUGAUUUUCUAGUCUGCUUCAUACCUUACUUUCAGACUUUGCUAUUCAUUUUUGUUCUAAGAUGUAUGGAACUAAAAUAUGGAAAGAAAAGAAUGCGAAAAGAUCCUGUUUUCAGAAUUUCCCCCCAAAGUAGAGAUGCUAAACCAAAUCCAGAAGAACCCAUAGAUGAAGAUGAAGAUGUUCAAGCAGAAAGAAUAAGAACAGCAACUGCUCUGACCACUUCAAUCUUAGACGAGAAACCUGUUAUAAUUGCCAGCUGUCUACACAAAGAAUAUGCAGGCCAGAAGAAAAGUUGCUUUUCAAAGAGGAAGAAGAAAAUAGCAGCAAGAAAUAUCUCUUUCUGUGUUCAAGAAGGUGAAAUUUUGGGAUUGCUGGGACCCAAUGGUGCUGGAAAAAGUUCAUCUAUUAGAAUGAUAUCUGGGAUCACAAAGCCAACUGCUGGAGAGGUGGAACUGAAAGGCUGCAGUUCAGUUUUGGGCCACCUGGGGUACUGCCCUCAGGAGAACGUGCUGUGGCCCAUGCUGACGGCGAGGGAGCACCUGGAGGUGUAUGCUGCUGUCAAGGGGCUCAGGAAAGUGGAUGCGAGACUCGCCAUCACAAGAUUAGUGAGUGCUUUCAAACUGCAUGAGCAGCUGAAUGUUCCUGUGCAGAAAUUAACAACAGGAACCAUGAGAAAGUUGUGCUUUGUGCUGAGCCUCCUGGGAAACUCACCUGUCUUGCUCCUGGAUGAACCAUCUACGGGCAUAGACCCCACAGGGCAGCAGCAAAUGUGGCAGGCAAUCCAGGCAGUCGUUAAAAACACAGAGAGGGGUGUCCUCCUGACCACCCAUAAUCUGGCUGAGGCAGAGGCCUUGUGUGACCGUGUGGCCAUCAUGGUGUCUGGAAGGCUUAGAUGCAUUGGCUCCAUCCAACACCUGAAAAACAAACUUGGCAAGGAUUACAUUCUAGAGCUGAAAGUGAAGGAACCUUCUCAAGUGACUUUGGUCCACACUGAGAUUCUGAAGCUUUUCCCACAGGCAGCAGGGCAGGAAAGGUAUUCCUCCUUGUUAACCUAUAAGCUGCCAGUGGCAGACGUUUACCCUCUAUCGCAGGCCUUUCACAAAUUAGAGGCAGUGAAGCAUAACUUUAACCUGGAAGAAUACAGCCUCUCUCAGUGCACAUUGGAGAAGGUAUUCUUAGAGCUUUCUAAAGAGCAGGAAGUGGGAAAUUUUGAUGAAGAAGUUGAUACAACAAUGAGAUGGAAACUCCUCCCUCAUUCAGAUGAACCUUAAAACCUCAAACCUAGUAAUUUUUUGUUGGUGUCCUAUAAACUUAUGUUUUAUGUAAUAAUUAGUAGUACAUUUGAUUUUAAAGAUCAUUUAAAAUUAACAUCAGGUAUAUUUUGUAUAUUUAGUUAAUAAAUACAUAAAUUUAAAAAUUAUUCUUCCUCUCAAACAUAGAGGUGAUAGCAAACCUGUGAUAAAGGCAAUACAAAAUAUUAGUAAAGCCACCCAAAGAGUCAGGCACUGGGUAUUGUGGAAAUCAAACUAUAUAAACAUAGAAUUUUUAAAAAAAUGACUUUUUUACCUUUUACUAAAAACAUUCUCUUGCUGAAAUAUGUGAAGGGUAUAUUCAGUAGCCAAGAGUUGCAUGACUACUUCACACCAGUUUUCUUUUAUAAGCAAGUACAACUCAAGAGUCUUCUGAAAAUGUUCCAGAAAUUGCUUUAAAACUCACAAGUAUGGGGCCAGGCGCUGUGGCUCACGCCUGUAAUCCCAGCACUUUGGGAGGCCAAGGCAGGUGGAUCACGAGGUCAGGAGUUCAAGACCAGCCUGGCCAAUAUGGUGAAACCCCGUCUCUAAUAAAAAUACAAAAAUGAGCCAGGCGUUGGCAUUUGCCUGUAGUCCUAGCUAUUCGGGAGGCUGAGGGAGGAGAAUUGCUUGAACCCAGGAGGUUGCAGAGAGCCAAGAUAGUGCCAGUGUACUCCAGCCUGGGUGACGGAGCGAGACUCUGUCUCAAAACAAAAAAAACACCUCCCAAGUAUUGGGAGGUCCUUAGACAUACAAGUAGGCAAGUACUCACAUUGAAAAGUAGUUCCAUGAUACCUUUUGAAAAUAAAGGGAGUCACAGUA